AUGGACAGCGAGAGCUUCACCGUCUCUGCCUCGUCUUCCGGUCUCCGCGUUUUUGUAAAGCCGACUGUCGACUCGCUCGCAGCAACGCCUGAUUGGUUGGCAACGGCCUCAGACGGUGACUAG